AUGAAGAUCGGAGCUUGGAACAUUAGGGGCUUGAACCGUCCCCUUAAACAAAAUGGGGUUCGUCACUUCAUGAAGCAACAUGAUGUAGAUGUUAUGGGUAUUUUGGAGACGAAACUUGGGGAACUAAAGUUGAACCGAGUUAUGCGGAAUAAAUUCAACGGAUUGAUGCAAGUGAACAAUUUUCUCACUCAUAAAGCAGGGCGGAUAUUGAUUUUGUGGAAUCCUUCGAAAGUCAAAUUGGAAGUGUUGGAGACUGCAUCACAAGUCAUCCAUUGUAUUGCUACUUGUAAGAGGCCACUUUGGCGUAACAUUAUGGAUUUUAGCACUAAUGUUUCAUUGUACUGGAUGAUUCUUGGAGAUUUUAACAACGUACUUAAAUUUGAUGAGAAGAGCAAUGGAGCGGAGGUUAUCCCUUAUGAAAUUAAGGACUUUGCUAAUUAUUGCCAACAUGUUGGUCUUACAGUUAUGAGGUCCGUUGGUUGUCUUUACACAUGGACUAAUAACUCGGUUUGGAGUAGAACUGAUAGAGCUAUGGUGAAUGAUGUUUGGGGACAAAAAGGUAUCUAUGGCCUAGAGGAAUAUUUGCCUUCGGAAUGCCUUUCCGACCAUUCUCCGUGUGUUGUAUCUAUUUUUGAAAGAGGGGAGAGCACAAGGAAGCCGUUUAAAUUUUUUAACAAGUGGACAAAUCAUGAGGUUUUCCAUGGACUUGUACAAGUAUGUUGGAAUUUUGAUGUUGUGGGAACGAAACAAUUUAUACUUUGCAAGAAGUUGCAUAACUUGAAAGGAGCAUUGAAAGAGCUUAAUGCCAAACACUUUGGACACAUUUCUAUUAGAGCAAAUGAUGCUAAAAGAGAGUUAAAGGCUACCCAACUUAGGCUACAUGAUCAGCCCGCUAAUGUGCAUUAUCAACUCACGAUGGCACAAUUGAGGAAGAAAGCCAUGGGGUUAUGUGAAGCGGAAAGGAGCUUUUACUAUCAACAAGCAAACUACCUCGUUCAUCCCAUUGAGCUGGACAUUUUGAGGAAUGGGCCUUUGGUUUCAUUGGAACAAGGUAGCUCACUUACUUGGGACAUUUCUAGCCAAGAAAUCAAGGAAGCACUCUUUAGCAUUGGAGAUGAUAAAUCUCCAGGGCUGGAUGGUUACGCAUCUUAUUUUUUCAAGAAAGCUUGGAGGAUUGUUGGUGAUGAUGUUGUGGAGGCUAUCAAAGAAUUCUUCUUAUCUAGAUCUCUCCUCAAACAAAUCAAUCACACGAUCAUUGCUUUGGUGCCGAAGUCUAAUCAUACACCAAAUGUCGGGGAUUAUAGACCUCUCUCUUGUUGCAAUGUAAUCUACAAGGUGAUCUCUAAGAUCCUUGCAUCUAGGUUGAGGCCUAUUUUGGAGACCAUUGUUGAUCAAGCACAAGCCGCUUUUGUUGAAGUAGGAAUUGGUCUAAAGAAAGCUUAUGAUUCGGUAAAUUGGGAUUUCCUUAAAGAAGUUCUCGAGGGUUUACGUUUUUUGAGUAGAUUUGUCCAAUGGGUUAUGGAAUGUAUUACUACACCAACAUACUCCGUUGCUUUGAAUGAGAGCUUACAUGGCUUUUUUAAGGGAAGGAAAGGCCUCCGACAAGGUGACCUUCUUUCACCCUUCUUGUUUAUCUUAUGUCUUGAAUAUUUUUCGAGAAUGAUUAAGGCUGUCUCCAAUGAUAAUGAAUUCAAUUAUCACACAAAAUGUGGCCAUUUAAAGAUUACGCAUCUAGCAUUUUCAGAUGAUUUAAUGCUCUUUACAAAGGGAGAUGUCAUGUUGGUGCAAAUCUUAAUGGAUUGUCUAUCCAACUUUGGAAAUGCAUUGGGUUUGAGGAUGAACACUUUAAAAUCCAGCUUGUUUGCAGCUGGAAUCAUGGGUAAGAACUUGAAGAAAUUCAAGCACUCACUAAUAUCCCGAAGGGUCAAUCAAUUUUAUCUUAAUGGAGCAAGUAUUUGGAAUGUUUUGCCAAAGAAAGAUGAUUCGCCUCUUAUUAAAAAAUUGCUGGUGAUUAGAGAUUUCAUUUUGAGGGCUGAACACAAUGAACAGGCGGCUGUUCAUAAAUUGUCCAACUUGACUUGUGAUGACAGAUUCAAUAUUUUUGCUGCGUACGAGUUUUUUAGGCCGAAGGGAACAAAUGUGAUCUGGGCUAAAUCAAUUGACCGUAAAUGUUAUUUCUGCGAACAUGUGGAUGAGACGACUGGUCAUUUAUUCCUUGGCUGCCCAUUUAGCUGUACAGUUUGGGAGAAAGUCAUUGCUUGGAGAGUGUUUAUAUACAUAGAGAGAGAGAGGGGGAGAGAAGGAGAAGCCAUGGGUGGCUCGUGGAGGAGGAAUGGGUCAUUCAUUGUGCUAGCAAUUGUUUUAUUGGGUAAUUAUGUUUAUUUUUCUUUAAAAAUUGCUACAAAAAAAAAAAAACAACUGAAAGAGGCGGCAUUUGCUGCUUUAAAGGCCUGCUUGGGAGUUUCACUGUACCGGUUAUGA